AUGUAUGAAAUGCUGUUGGAAAAUAAUCUUCAUGUACUCUCCAUCAAAGUUUCAAGUGAUAUAAGAAAGAUAGGCAAAUUAUCAGCUCGACAAUUACUUAAUUCUCAACAAAAGAGAAAUUAUGGAGCUUUCAAACAAAAUAACAGUAAGAAAAUGAAAGAACUUUAUGAAAAAGAAAUCAAGGACGAUCCACGAAAAAAAAAGACAAAAAAAGAGGAACAAAAUCCAACAAUUCAAUUGAUAGAAAAUGUAGUUAAUUUUAUGUAUUCACAAGAAAAAUACGACACAACCGAUACAUUUGAUAAAGAUGAGAAACAAAGGAAAAUCAUGUUCCUUGAUCAUUUGGAAAUGAUGAAAAAUAGUCUUAGAGAAGCAAAAGCUAUGGUACAUGCUGUCACUCAAACUGAAAGCAUUCAGCAGCGAUGGAAUACGUUCAUGAAUGCAUUUAUUGUUUUCGAGUAUGGCCAAGAUGUCUGUGAAGUUCUUUCAAAAUAUAUAUUUCAGAAAACAACAUAUGAAAGAUGGCACGUCAAAACUGUACAUAAUGCCUAUCCACGAUUUUCUGAAACUCAUGGAAAUAUUUGUGUGGCAGACGCUUCAUUACGUUUUAGUUCCUCUGAAAAUGAAAAUGGUGCAGAGUGGAUUCUUUGGUAUGACGACGAUGAUUCCAAUGAUCAUCUUUUAUUGGAUAUGGAAUCGAAUUGUCUUUCGAUGAAAAAUUAG